UCUGCUGGAGGCCUGACUGCGCAUGCGCAGUCUGCGGUCUGAGUGCGCUUUCUCCUUCACAGUAGUAGCCCAGCUGCACGGACGUCGCUGCAGAACUCCUGACACUCUUCUAUUAAAGUAAAGAGAAAGUGGGGAUUGUGAUGGAGCACAACAAGAUAGUAGCAAGCAAGCAGGCAGACAACAAAGAUGCCUGUGUGUCAUGUCAGCACCAUGCACCCAAAGGACAUGGUAAGAUGGCUGUCCCUCCUACAUACUCAGACUUGGGAAAGUCUGCCAAAGACAUCCUCAACAAGGGCUAUGGCUAUGGAAUCCUGAAGCUGGAUGUGAAGACCAAGUCUCAGAGUGGUGUUGAGUUUGCCACCUCUGGCUCCAACAACACGGACUCAGGGAAGUCUGGAGGUCACCUGGAGACCAAGUACAAAGUGAGCGAUCUGGGUCUCAGCUUCAACCAAAAAUGGAACACGGACAACACCCUCACCACAGAAAUCACCAUCGAAGACCAGCUGGCUAAAGGCUUGAAGCUUGGUCUGGACACAUCGUUUGUGCCCAACACUGGUAAGAAGAGCGCCAAACUGAAGACGGGCUACAAGCGGGAGUUCAUAAACGUGGGCUGUGACCUGGACUUCGACAUGGCCGGUCCCACCGUUCACGCAGCUGCCGUGCUGGGCUACGAGGGCUGGGUGGCGGGCUACCAGCUGGCCUUCGACAGCGCCAAGUCUAAAGUGACUAAAAACAACUUCUCCCUUGGAUACCAGGCUGGAGACUUCCAGCUUCACACCAGCGUGAAUGAUCGCACCGAGUUUGGUGGCUCCAUUUACCAAAAAGUGAACAAGAACCUGGAGACGGCCGUGGACCUGGCCUGGACCGCCGGCAGCAACAACACGCACUUUGGCCUCGGAGCCAAAUACCAGCUGGAUAAAGAUGCCACCUUGUCUACAAAGGUCAACAAUGCCUGCCUUGUUGGAGUCGGAUACACGCAGACCCUGCGGCCAGGUGUGAAGCUCACGCUCUCAGCCCUGAUUGAUGGGAAGAACGUGAACGGCGGCGGACACAAAGUCGGAAUGGGUUUCGAGCUGCAGGCAUAAAGAUACGGCAACAAAGAUGACCGAAGAGGACGGACGGCAAUACAGGAGGAGAGGAAGGAGAAGGAACCCUGACACGGCAAAGGUCCACCCAACAACAUGCAAAGAUAUCAUCCCUCUGAGUCCUACACACAUAUGCACGGAUCUCACACACACUCUUUGGCCUUAACCCGGAAAGUCCAAGUAGCCUCCAAGACCUACAGUACUGUAACAUUCAAUCAUUAUAUUUGAAUUCUCCUACAACCAAAGUUUGUGCAUAUAAUACUAGAACACCACAAAAGAAAAUAAAUCUCUACUGAUGUCAUCCCUGGAAAGAGUGCAUAUUUUAAGUAUUUGUAUCUUAAGAAAUGUACACGUUUCCAGCACCUCUUCAUUUUGACUGUGUGGUCAGUGGAGCUCUGUUCAGUUAAAGUCUGGGUUUCUGAUUCAGUUGAUGAUCAGAGGACGCUUGUUUUUAACCUUCGGUUUGUUGCAUGCUUUCAAAGCGUGAGGGAAGUUUCUCUUCUUUUGUUUUAUUUUGUCAUAUUGAUGACUGUGGCGGUAAAUGGAUGCAGCAGAGGCUGGCGAGCGUUAAGCAGAUCAGUGGGAUCCCGUUCCUCGGUCCCAGUUGACCCACGUCGAUCCCACCACUUGACCUCAGCAACGCAGUCGUGAACUGUGAAUCCUCGGUUGCCUAAUAUCUCUUUUUCAGGUCCCGUUUAUUUCCUAAAAGGGACGGAUUUGGAUGCAAUUUGGAUCUCUGUGCCACCUCUUUGUCUCGUGUCCUUUUACCUGUUCAGCCUUUUAUCACUACAUUUCACAUCUUUGCUGUGUUUUGUAUAGAAACUUCCGCCAUGAGAUAGGACCUCAGAAUUAUUUUAUUCAAUAAAACAAAUAAAGAAUCUCAAAUACAA